AUGACGGCCAUGACGGCCAUGACGACCGCGCCCGGCGCGUCCAAGAUUGCCGUCUCGUCGGCGGCGUCGAUGGCGGCCCGGUCGCUGGCGCCGACCAUCCACGUCAAGCUUUUCCCCGCGUCCGCCUUUGACAUUUGGUCGCUCGGCAUGGUGAUCGUGAUUGGCGGCCAGUACUUUUGCUGGAACGUCGGGCUCGCGGCUGGCGUCUUGAGCAAUGCGCUUGCGCUCUUCUUCAUAGGCACCGCGUACGUCUGCCUCAUCCUCAGCAUGUCGGAGAUGACAGCGACGCUGCCGUUUGCGGGCGGCGCCUACGGCCUCAGUCGGUGCUGCGUCGGGUACUUUUGCGGCUUUGUCAUUGGCUGCUGCGAAGCGCUCGAGUACAUUGCGUACGUGAGCAGCAGCGUGCUCACGCUCGGGCACAUGCUGCAGGUCAUCUUCCCGGGGAUCCCAACCGAGUACAUGCCGCUCGUGUGGCUCGCCAUCUACGGCGUCGCCGUGGCGAUUCACAUUGUCGGCGGGCGAGUCUUCUGGAACUUUACGCGCAUGCUCGCAGUCGUCUCGACACUCUUUGUUCUCAUCUACCUUCUGGGGUCGCUGCCGUCUGUGAGCUACGCCAAGUUCGGCGGCGGUGUCGACCAUUUAGUCGUGGGCGGCUUUCAGGCGUUCUUCACCAACAUGCCGCUCGCUGCGUGGUUCUUUGUGGGCAUUGAAGCACUAAACACACUCUGCAGCUCGAUCGAGAACCCCAAGGAUGUCAUCCCGCGAGGCCAGGUCGCGUGUGUGCUAACGCUGUUUCUCAGCGGGUUUGCUGUCUUGUUUGUGUCUGUGAGCUUGCCGCCGGGGGCCGUCAACCUGCCGGGUGUCCUCGCUGUCUUCAACCCAGGGUUUAUCUUGAUGUUUGGUAUUGCCGAGGACAUGGCGAUGAUCCUCUCGAUCCCCGCCACCUUUGCCACCAUCUUUGGCUUCAUCUUGGCGUACGCCAACAUCCUCUCGGCACUCGCCAACUCAAAGCUGUUGCCCGGUUGGAUCGGCGCCGUGCACCCGAGGUUCCACACCCAAGCCAACGCGUUGAUCGUUGGCUCGGUCCUCGGUUACCUCCUCUGCUUUUGCGUCACGUAUAGCUCGACACUGGGCACCGAGCUCUUCAACAUUUGCAUGUUUUUCGGCUUCUCGGCCUACCUUGCGCAGUGUGUCGGGUAUCUCUACCUCAAGCGCGAGUUCAGCCACUUGCCAAGGAGCUUCACCAGUCCAGUCGGCAAGCUUGGGGUCUACUAUGCAGCGAUUGUGUGGAGUAUGAACUGGAUCUCGAUCGUGUGUUGCCAAAAAAACGCCGCGUUCCUCCUCUCGGUCGUGAGCUGCAUUCUCACUCUGCUCGUGACUUAUUACCUCGGGUAUGCCAAGCACCGCCAGACCUUCUCGGACGACGAGCGCAAGAUUUUGUUCUUUGCCCACGUCGCGAAAAGCAACCAGCGCAAGCGGAAGAAGAAGGCGCGCCAAAAGACACUUCCGCGCUGGGCCCUCGCCCUUUUUCGCGUGCUCGAGUGGUUUCGGCACAUUUGGAGUUUACGAACACGCUCUCAGAGCCUCUCAACGACGGGAAAUUCAAUGACGCGUAGCUCCUCACCGUGGCGCCAACGGUGGGAUUCGUUCCGGCUACUGGACUUGCUGACGCCCAACCGUGUCGUGCACUUGGCACCACGCAUCCACGUCGCGCCGCAUGGACCGCGUGUGAACGCGCCAACCGCCGUGAACUCUGCAGGCUUUCGCCCCGCCAGUGCAAAGCCGGCGUCCACGCGGCUCUCGGGCCACAAAGAAACCAAUUUGCUCGUCGAAGAAUUGAACUAACAUGUCAUCGUACGCUACGACGAUGAUACAUUGUAUUCUAGUGUUC